AUGUCAGGAUACAACAUUAUUUGGGCAUUCUUUGGUGUUGCUAUUGUUUGUGGUUUAACCUAUGUAUUAACCCCUAAAGGAAAUGACCAAACUGUCAUCCGAACUGUUAUUAUCAUGUCUAUUGUCUGUUGUUAUUUAAUGUGGGCCAUUACGUACCUCGCUCAAUUGCAUCCUUUAAUCUUUCCCAAGAAAGUUGGACUUCGACCCCCUCACCACGAAUAA